AUGAAAGUCAUCGCUUUAUUACUUUCACUUGCUGCCGUCGCAUCUGCAGGAGGCGUUGUCAGAGACAUGCUAGGAGGUAACACAGGCUCUAACUGUGACCAAAGCCUUCAAACCUAUAAUGUUAACAAGUUUGUAGUCACACCUUGGCCACCUUCAAAGAAUGAAUGGCUUAAUUUAUCAAUGAAUGGGACUAUGACUGCUCCAGUCACACUGAAAGGGAUGGGAAUUUUUGUCACAUUUAAUGGGCUUAACUUUUAUCAAGAAACUAUCCCAGAAGACGGGUCUUAUAAUGCAGGACAAUACUAUGCAUUAGCCUUUAAAGCAUACUUGCCUAGCAUUGCGCCGAAUGGAAAGUAUGGGGUUGACGUCAAAAUGGUAAGCACAACUGGGGCUUUCUUAAAUUGCUGGGGAGUCACUUUUACCUUGAGCUAA